AUGACUUCAAAAUCACACUAUGAAGCUCACACUGCCGCUUCCUACGAGAGUGCUUUUUUCUAUGAAGAAGGAGCCUACACAGAAAAUCUUGCCAAGCUUGUAAUGGAUGGACUAUGUCUUAAGGAAGGAUCCAAACCACGAACAUUGCUGGAUAUUGGUGGUGGCACUGGAAAUUUCACUCGCAUGCUGACAAAUCAAUCAGAGGGUAUUCGUGCCAUUGUCGUGGACCCUUUCUUACCGGAAUCCUCAACCAAAGAAGGCAGUGACGAUGUACAAUAUGUCAAGGCAUCAGCUGAAGAAUUCACGAAGGACAAUUUUGAAGCGUCGCAGGAGUGGUGGCGCAAUGGAUAUAGUCAGGUCCUCUUGAAGGAAGUUGUCCACCAUUUCGCUCAUACAGACCGCAAAGAAAUCUUUCGUGGGAUGCUUAAUGGUCUUGUCACAGACAACAUAUCAGAGCAACCAAACAUUCCAUCUCUGCUAAUUAUCACGAGGCCUCAACGAGACAUCGACUACCCUCUAUGGAACGAUGCUAGAGAUGUUUGGGCCAAAAAUCAACCACAUGUUGACGACAUCAUGAAUGAUUUGACAGCUGCAGGAUUCAGAAAGGUGCAAUACAAGGUAGAGCCUUAUCCUUGUGAGAUUUCCCUGGCGCGAUGGCAAUCAAUGGUCAAGCAGCGGUUUUGGAGCACAUUUGCAAACUUCUCAGACGCUGAGUUGGAUGCUGCUUGCAAAUUAAUUGCGGAAGCAGAAGCCAAGCGGGUAGAUUCAAAAGGUAUCAUUCAGUUUGAGGAUAGGCUUCUCUUCAUUGAGGCCCAUCGCUAG